AUUGUGUGGUGGCGGUGGGCUAAACUUCACUGGAAACUGAAUGGUCUGGACACAAAGGAACUUUUGUUUCAGAGACCUCUGGUUUGGGGGUAGAUUCUCAGACUCCCGGCGCUCUGCAUGGGAAUGGAACUGUCUAUAAAGGCUGCUGCUUACUCUGCAUUUCAGACUGGGCUUCCUGCACACAAGCUGUUUAUUCUCUAAAGGAAAAUGGUUAGUCGAAUUCAGCAUCCGGCUGGUGGGUACAAGAAAAUAUUUGAGACGUGUGGAGAAUUGAAUGAACCUAUUCCUGCUAUCGUUGUAGGUGUGAUUCCAGAAUGGCUGAGUGGCAGUCUAUUGCGUCUGGGACCCGGCCUGUUCGAGGUGGGGGCUGAACCGUUCUACCACCUUUUUGAUGGCCAGGCCCUCAUGCACAAGUUUGACCUAAAGAAUGGCCAUGUGACCUACUAUCGGAAAUUUGUCAAAACAGAUGCCUAUGUGCGAGCCAUGACAGAGAAAAGAGUGGUCAUCACUGAGUUUGGAACAGCAGCCUACCCAGACCCCUGCAAAAAUAUAUUCUCACGGUUUUUCACCUACUUCAAAGGGAUUGAGGUGACAGAUAAUUGCUUAGUGAAUGUGUACCCUGUUGGUGAGGAUUUCUAUGCCUGCACAGAAACCAACUACAUCACCAAAGUGGACCCAGACACACUGGAGACUCUGAAAAAGGUGGACCUGUGUGAUUACCUCUCGGUCAAUGGGGUGACGGCUCAUCCACACAUUGAAAGUGAUGGAACGGUGUACAACCUUGGGAACUGUUUUGGGAAGAACAUGUCAUUGGCCUACAACAUUGUAAAAAUUCCUUCCACACAGAAAGACAAGUCAGAUCCCAUUGCAAAGUCCAAGGUUCUUGUGCAGAUACCCAGCAGUGAGAGAUUCAAGCCCUCGUAUGUUCAUAGCUUUGGAAUGACAGAAAACUACUUUGUCUUUGUUGAGACUCCAAUAAAGAUCAACCUUCUAAAAUUCUUGACUGCUUGGAGCAUCUGGGGCACAAAUUACAUGGAUUGCUUUGAGUCAAAUGAAACCAUGGGUACAUGGUUCCAUCUGGCUAUGAAGGACCCAGCUAAAUACAUAGAGCAUAAAUUCAGGACCUCUGCCUUCAAUCUCUUCCAUCACAUCAACAGCUAUGAGGACGAUGGCUUCAUCGUAGUUGACCUGUGCACUUGGAAAGGUCAUGAGUUUGUCUACAACUACCUAUAUCUGGCCAACCUGCGGGAGAACUGGGAGGAAGUGAAGAAAGCUGCUAUGAGGGCACCUCAACCGGAGGUCCGGCGAUACGUUCUGCCCAUAGACGUCCACAGAGAGAAACAGGGGAAGAAUCUGAUAUCUCUUCCGUACACCACAGCCACUGCAGUGAUGCGCAGUGAUGGAACCAUCUGGCUGGAGCCUGAGGUUCUGUUUUCUGGACCACGACAAGCAUUCGAGUUCCCGCAGAUCAACUACAGUAAGUUCUCUGGGAAGAACUACAGCUAUGCCUAUGGACUGGGUCUGAACCACUUCAUCCCUGACAGGAUUUGCAAACUGAACGUGAAGACCAAGGAGACGUGGGUGUGGCAGGAGCCAGACUCGUACCCCUCAGAACCCAUCUUUGUGCAGACCCCAGACUCUGUGGAGGAAGAUGACGGGGUGUUGUUGAGCAUCGUGGUGAACCCUGGAGCAGACCAGAGGCCAGGGUACCUCCUCAUCCUCAAUGCCAGAGAUCUGACAGAGAUUGCACGGGCUGAGGUGGAGGUUAUCAUCCCUGUCACCUUCCAUGGAAUGUACAAGCCUUAGGAACACUUUCUCAACACAUCUACAGAACAAUCAUAAUACUAAAACUGUUGGAUUAUACUUUACACAAGACAUCUAGUUACAGUGCAUUUGGAAAUUAUUCAGACAUCUUCCCUUUUUCCACAUUUUGUUAACGUUACAGCCUUAUUCUAAAAUUGAUUAAAUAAAAAUAGU